AUGUCCUCGGUUGAAAAGGAGAAGGGCGUCGGGGAGGGGCAGUUACGCGUCGGGGAGGCUGGGUUCGACGAUGUCGUCGCACACCGCCUCGAGGAGAUGGGAUACAAGCAGGAGCUGAAGCGCAAUCUCGGCAUGGUCGCUGUCCUCGGUCUGUCGUUUGCGAUCAUGGCAGUCCCGUUCGGCACGUCGACGACGUUCCCCAUCGCGCUCGUCGACGGUGGGCCCGUCACGAUCCUGUACGGCUGGAUUCUUGUGUCGCUCAUUUCGUGCUGUAUGGCCGCGUCGCUGGCUGAAGUUUGUUCGGUGUAUCCCACCUCGGGCGGUGUUUACUACUGGGCUGCCAUGCUCUCGACGCCAAAGUACCAGGCAUUCUCGUCGUAUCUCACUGGCUGGCUCGGCACAGUAGGAAACUGGACGGUCACUGCCUCGAUUACGUUUGGUGGCUCACAGCUCAUCCUCGCUGCCGUCACGCUCUUCCACGACGACUAUGUCCCAACUGCUUGGCAGACCGUGCUGGUCUACUGGGCCUCUCUCCUCGGUUCGCUGGCCAUCAACAUCCUAUAUAACCGCCACCUCGACAAGCUCAACACCAUCUGUCUGUACUGGACCGGCGCGUCGGUGAUUAUUAUCAUCGUCACGCUCCUCACUCGCGCCGAAAAGAGAAACUCGGCCAAGUUUGCCUUCUCUCACUUUGAUGCCAGCCUCUCCGGAUGGCCACAGGCAUGGUCGUUCUUCGUCGGCCUCCUCCAGGCCGCCUACACCCUCACUGGGUACGGUAUGGUCGCUGCCCUGUGUGAGGAAGUACACUCGCCGCAGAAGGAGGUGCCAAAGGCCAUGGUGUAUAGUGUUAUCGCAGCCGGUAUCACGGGUAUUGUUUAUCUCCUCCCAAUCAUUUUUGUGCUGCCCGUCGACAAGAUCGAGUACCUCCUUGACGUGCCGUCCCUCCAGCCCAUGCCCGAACUGUACAAGAUUGUGACCCGGAGCGCGGCAGGUGCAAUGUGUCUCCUCACCCUCAUUCUUGGCAUUUGGUUCUUUGCAGCGGUCGGCUCGCUCACCGCCGCCUCGCGCUGCACCUGGGCAUUCAGCCGUGACGGCGGUAUCCCACUCUUCAAAGUGUGGCGUAAAGUCAACACGCACUACGACGUGCCCCUCAACUCGCUCAUCCUCUCCACGAUUGUUUGCGCCCUCCUGGGCCUCAUCUACUUGGGCUCCUCGGCAGCCUUCAACGCCUUCACGGGCGUGGCGACCAUCUGCCUCGGAUGCUCGUACGCGUUCCCCAUCCUCUGUUCUCUCCUCCGCCGCCGCAAGAUGGUCCGCAACGCCCCCUACUCGCUCGGCAAGUUUGGCUGGGUCAUUAACUCCAUCACCGUCAUCUGGAUCACCUUCACCAUCGCACUGUUCUGCAUGCCCACUUCUAUUCCAGUGACGCCCCAGACGAUGAACUAUGCGUCGGUGGUGUUUGCGGGUUUCUCGGCCAUUGCCGCGCUGUGGUACGUCACCUACGGACAUAAGAACUACAAGGGCCCGCAGGUUGCCGUGCUUGCGCGCCGGAUGAGUCUUUCGAGCGACCAUGGUGACCGCCGCGCGAGCAUGGCCAGCCAUCGUAGCGUGGGCGAGAUCUUGGCUCAGUAA